UUCCGGUCAGACCCGUUUGUGUUUAUUACGCUUCUGCAUUGUUUAAUAGGUGUAGUGGUGUGGUUGUUUUCGUGUUUUCUGCGCUCCCGGUGUAAAGAUCGAGCAGCUGUAGCACGCGGCUCCAGGGGCUGUGGUAGGCGGGGCAUGCAGAUCGGCUCGCUGCUAUUGGCUGGCGCCACUCCAAGGGGUGGGGCCAUUCCCAAACAAAGUACACAAGUUGCGCUUCUGUGGAGCAGUCAGGAGUAGAACAGUGUCGUGUCACAUCCAUCAGGUCGAAUUGCAUUUAUUGCUACAGCAGGGGCGUAAAAUCCACCUUUGGUUGCCGUGCGCGUAUUUACGCAUCCAGGUCUUCAGGGAACAGAAGCUGUUUACUGACUGAACUUGCCGAGGCUGCUGCGGAGAAGAGGAGCUAUGGAUUUGGCGUGCCUGCUGUGUUUGGCGAUGAGCCUCGGCGCUUGGGUCGCCUCCGCGGAGAGACACAGCGUCUAUUGGAACAGCUCGAAUCCAAACUUUCUGUGGGAUGAGUACACAGAGGAAGUGCGCAUCAAUGACUAUUUGGACAUCAUCUGCCCCCACUACACCCACGGCGAGGUGUCAUCUCAUGCAGCUGAGCGCUAUGUUCUGUACAUGGUGGAGAAGGAGGACUAUGAGGUGUGUAAACCUCACUCCUUUGACCAACUCCGUUGGGAGUGCUCGCGGCCCUUCGCUCCCCACGCACCUGAAAAAUUCUCUGAGAAGUUCCAGCGCUUCACACCCUUCACCCUGGGCAAGGAGUUCAGACAGGGAGAGAGCUAUUAUUAUAUCUCCAAGCCAAUGCAUCACCAUGGCCAGGACUGUCUGAGGCUGAGAGUGGAUGUAGUUGGAAAUAAAGGCUCUGGAAAAUCUCCCCAAGAGAAAUCCAAGGCGGAGGAGACAGGGAAAAGCUCGGAUGGAGGAAAAGUGAAGUUCCCUGCCGCCGGAGGAGUUCACAACCCCUCCAACCAGCUCCCAGCAGAUGACCCUGCUGUGAUGGAGCCAAAUGUCCAGAGGAGUGUCGGCAGCUCAGGAGUACAGCUGCUUUCCUUUUCACUCCUUUUCACCAUGAUUCCAGUCUUAUUAGUCCUGAUGCUACACUAAGGCUGACCGAAACAGAGACAAUACUAUGCCAAUGCCGGUCAUUGGGACCAUGAACACUCAGAGUUCUCUUUUUAUACAGAUUUUUUUUAUACAAGCAUGGACAGUGCUGUAAGCGUGUGUGUUUGAUGUGUUUGUGUGCGCGUGGAUGUGGAACGUGGAUCGUUCCGAAGAAGAAGACCUCAAAGAAUUUUUGUUCUUACUUUAUUAUAAGGAUUUCUCAUUUUUGACCGUCACAGAUGCACACUUUUUUUUUAAUUCUGAACAAAACUGGACGCAAACCGAUCAAAACACUUGAAUAACAAAUGUUAAAGUUGGAUUGAAAAUGACAAGAGGAACACAUAAUCCUCAUCAUUAUGUGUUCAGAUUUUCACUCCAUUGGUACAACUGUGCAUUGUAUUACUGUUCUCAAACUGCCACUGUCAUUUUUUUCUUCAUUUUCAUGUCGAGAAAUUGUCGAUUGUGUAUUGGAAAUGUCAAUGGCUACUUCCAAAGUGUUAUACAGUACAUUAUGUAGUAUUUUUAUCAUGUAGCACUCAGCUCCCUGUUGUAUCUCCGCAAGUCUCUGUUUAAAGCACCACUUUGACAUUUACUCUAAAUGUCAAAAUUCAAAAGCAGACACUUUGAGUCAGGUACUCCAAUUUAGAGAGUACAUAAAGUCUGGCAUCACACAUUUUUAAGUUAUAAGUCAACACAAAUUGCAAAUGGUUUAGUCCAAACUAGUGGUUCUCAGACAAGUUUAAUUAGACAACCAUUAAGAGAAUAUUUACAUUUUUUCAAUAAAAAAACAACAAUCUCAAAAUGCAUCAGAAUUAAUAUAAUGUGAAUCAUAAUUCAUAAUCCCUAAUACAUGUUGUAAGUGGUUGGGAGCCACUGGUCAGGAGAACAACCCUGAUUGAAUCUUAAACUAGCAGGAGUGUCAGGGAGCUGAGCCUCUUCAGUACUCACAGUUCUUCACACUCAUAUCUGCUGCCCUGGCAGCAUCGUGGUAUGGUACACUGGCUGAUGUUUGCAGAUGUGAUCCCACUUGCACAUUGUCAAAUUAUGUCAUUUUUUAAAUGUUUUAAUGUAAAUUUGUACAUAGAGAAAACUUUAAGAAACGUUUUUUAAGAUGUUAAAAAUCUGUAGUGAAAUAAAAAAAAUUGUGAUGUCA